AUGGAGGCAAUGCCAUUUCAAUGGUUGCAGUCAAUACCCCCAGUGACACGGACAUAUGUGGCAUGUUCCACUGCCCUCUCCUUGGCCGACUACAUGGGCUACAUAAAAGUGUCUGAUAUUUUUUUGAGUCCAAACAGCUCAUUUGGGUUAAAUCAAUUGUGGCGAAUACUUUUGAAUACAGCAUAUAACGGAACGUUCUCUUUUGAAUUUUGCACAAGGUUGUACCUUUUCACAAGCUACUCAAAUUGGGUGGAGACUUACGUAAAUUCUCCACGACAUUACAUUUGGACGCUUUUUGUCCUUAUUUUUAUGAUCAACCUGUAUUCAGCCUUCAUCAAGAACUUGGGCUUGAUUGGACCUGUUUUGAAAGAUACGUUAUUGUGUAUAUGGUCCAGAAAACAAAGCGAUGAUGAGGUUUUCUUUUUCAUCAUAUCCCUGAAGGUUCGUUGGUUACCUUGGGCCACGUAUCUUCUCGACUCAUCCAUUAAUUACAGAGAAGACCCUAAAAGGUUUAUUGCGGGACCAGCAGGAUUAAUUAUUGGUCAUUGUUUUUGGUUUAUAAACGAGGAACUGCCAAGAUUGCAUGGCAACAAAUCUUUCUUGAGACCAGUAUGGGAGUGGGAAAUCUUCAACCUAGAAACCAUAAAACCCGAGGAAAAUGGAUUAGAAGAAACGACAGAGACCGGUCAAAUGGAUUUGGCCCAAGUCGAUUUACAAGACCAUCAAGGGGAAAAUCAACUUGAAGAAAAUCUCGAAGGCCAUCUCCGAGAGAUGCCACUACAACAUGCAGAAGUCGUUGACGAUCAUGAUCACCCGAACUACGGCAGGGAAACACGCGAUACCUUGCACCAACGUAACCAAUAA